AUGGCCGUCUGGACUGGCGGCUCGAUGCUGGCGGCCAACCGAGUCCGAAUACCUUUGGCCGGCUUCAUGUUUGGGCACAGACGGACGUCUUGGGUCUGCAUCGACGGCGCAAUCGGCCGGCCGGGACGCAGCGGCCCUGGCAUCGGAGAGCAGGGCGUCCAGACCAGGGUCGAAGAGGGUCUGGCGAUGGCACGGCUCCAUCAGUCGGUCGCGGCCGCUUCGUGGGAUGGUUUCGGGGUCGGGGCUUGGGCAAAGUCUGCGGCUCGCCGGCCAUCCACUGCCCACUCGUCUCGCCAGGCCCUCUGCGUCGUCUGCACGCCGGCCACCAGCAUGACCGUUGCAAACAUCCCACCACAAAGCCCACCGCCGUCGACAGCCCCAGCCGACAGCACCUUCCACAGCGCUUCGCUUGCCCGUUGGAACAACGAUGGUGUCGACGGGGGGCCCAGCUCCCUCACCGUUAUCCUGGACUGGCUGCGGACUCCCGGCAACUAUGCCAAAUGGCGAGGGGACAUUGCCGGCAUCACCAAGAAGGCCCUCUCUGCUGAAAUCAUCGCCAAGCUGGCCGAAGUCAAGAUUGUGCGAUCGCAUAGCCAGAUCAGCAACAAGAUGAUCGAAUUCCAGACCAAAUACAACCAAGCGGCCCAUUGGCUCGCAACUGUUGGCGAAGGCCAGCAAUACGACAACCAAGGCAAGAUCAAAGCAACCCUCUUGAAGCUCUGCUCGCUGUGGGUCGAGCUGCAUCCGAUCAUGUCGAUCGAUGGCCCGUCACUAUCGCCCCUCGCUUUGGCAGCGGCUCUGGCACACCCAGCAUCGGCACCAGCACCCCUCCAGCCAUCGACUCCUAUGCCGGCCUCCACAUCGACCCAGGUUCACGCAGUAGCAUCCCAGCCCUCGAUGCUGACGCCUCCCGGUCCUGUCGAUCACUAUCCCGAGGGCGGCAGCGGCUUCUCAAACCUUCACCUGCUCGCCGACACAGUCGAAUCGGCCGCACUCACCUUCGACUGCCACGAAUCCGAGCGCGACCCCGAGGAGCCCGUUGCCGAUUAUCCUGGAUCGGCCGUUCGCGACGAUCGCCCACCACCGCCGGCCGUUUUUGGCGACAAGGAUUUCCAUCCAGUGCCGAUGGCCCUGGCCUAUGGAGGCGUGGCGCCGGUGCUUCCGGACGCCCGUUCACUCGGACGGAGACUGGAAGACCGCUAUACGCCUGAUCGAGAGCCAGGCGACUUUGUGCCCUUGUCGUCGUCAUCCAAGAAGCGAAAGCGCCCUGGCCAGCGCAAGGACAAGGACGUGGAUGGCGAUAUCAAGUUGGACGAGUCCAGUGCCGUCGCACCGUCGUCCGUGACGCCUCCGUCGCCGCCUCCCUCGAUGCCGUUCGACUGGUCGGGCCCGAGCGGCGGCAAGGGAUACAGGUACGACAAGCUCAAAUGGGAGAUGAUCCUGGGCGAGAAGCGCCUCAAGCUGACGGAACGAGUGCGAUCAAGGCAGGCCGAGGAGAAGCGCGAGAUCAAGUUGGCCAAGAUCGGUGAGAAUAGUCGCCAGUUCCAUCUGGAGCUGGCCCAGCGGAAGCGAGAGCACGAAGACUAUGUCGAACUCGAGCGACAGCAGAGCCAUCGUGACUAUAAGCUCGCCGUUGCCCGGCAGCGCCUCGAGGUCAUAGUCAAGCUGACGGAGCUGGGAUACUCCAAGGAAGAUAUACAGGAGGAGCUCAAAUAUCUGUACUAGCACACAUCACACUGCCGCAGCCAGCUUGCUAUUUCUUGGGCCGACUCCAUGCAGCGACGGGAGCCGCCGCGCCGCGCAAUCUACACGGCAUUGGUGCAUGGAGCGCAAUACAUUCAUUACAGCUUGUUCGGGACAAAAGUGUUCCUGAGUGUUUCUGAGUGUCCUUCACUGAACCACUGUCUUCAGCGCAGAAAUUUGUAGGCUGCGGUGAGCAAGCCAUCCCAGCAUGAGCACAUUCUGAUAGUGGAACUGCUCGAAACAGCGAAUGGACCUCGGACGGCGGAAACUGGAGGC